GUCUCCCUUCUUUGGCGGUAGAUUUUCAAGUUUUUUCCUGAACACUGUUAUGACUGUAAUUGAUUGAUGUGGUUGGGUAUAUAGUACAGAUUAUGAAAUCAUGGAAACCGUAGUUGGAUUUUUUAUAAACAUUUAAGGCAAAUUUUGCCAAGAGACGAAACUGUCUACAUAAAUUUAUACAUUCUACGAUUUUGGAAAGAUAGCAAUGGCAUCUGAUGACGAUAUAGCAUCAAGAUUACAUACCUGGGCUUUACAAGAGAUGCACUUCCAUCCACAGGGUAGACAUGUUAAUACACCUUUACCAAAUGCAAGCCAGUUCAAACAAAUUUUCCGAGGUCCUUCAGCAGAUUUCUGGAAGUUUGUAUUAUCAAGAGUUAGAUCUGCACAGACAGUGAAGAAAGUGAAAGGAAAUUUGGGAUUAAAACGACAUGCAGAUAAGUCAUAUAAAGUCAAAUACAAAACUGGCAAUAAAUUUGAUGAAGAAAAAGAGAACCUUCUGGAACAGAGAAACAAGUUGACAGGGGAGGUAACUUCAUUGUUUACUGACAUUAACCAUCUGGAAAAUGACUUCAAAAGGCUUGAACAGGAAGUGGUAGAAGCAGAGACCAGAUACCAGACAUCUUGUAAUGAAAUCAGCAUCUUGAGACGUCAGAGAGCUUUAGUGCAGACUUACUCAUUGCAAACAAAUGAUACAGCUAAACAUUAUGAAGAAUAUACCAAGAAAAUAACAACACAGGCUGAUAAACUUCUAAAUAAGGCAAAGAAAGGAUCAGAAUAUUACAGUAGAAAGAGGAGUUCUACAGACGAUGAUCAUUAUAGUUCCUCUCUAGAGACCAGACAGGGGAAACAAGUUAGAGAGACAUGUGAAGCCAUUGGAUCUUUUCUUCAGAAAAUGUUACAAGGAGAGUUUGGGACAGAUAAAACUGUAUUUCAGUCAAAGAAGGAUAUAAUAUGGAAAUCAGUGGAAGAAUUAUUAAGUGAGUUCAGUGUGACACAGAUACUGAAUGCUUUGGUAACCAAUACACAGGAGUCAGCCUUUACUCUGAGAGAUAUGACAUCUAAAGUAGACAUCAGGAGAGAUGCUGAAAAACUCAGGUUUAAAUAUGAAAGAACAGGACAACUCAGAGAUGAAUCUAAUCCUCCAAAUAUCUUACAAAGUGUUCACCAACUGUUAGAGGAAAAUCAAGUAAACCAGAUAAAAAGAUUUGUAGAAACAGAGAAGUUUUGUAAUGAGACCUGGAAAUUGGAACAAAGAUUUGCUGAAGUCAAGGAAGAAAUUGAUACUAAAUUACAAUUUGUUUUCAAAAACCAUAAAGAUUUAAAACUUGCAAGAGAAUUGAUUGAAUGUGAUAUAGAUUUAGUGGGCAGAAAAGCCAUUCUAGCUAGUUUGAACUGUGAAGCUAACAAUUUAAGAGAACUUAUUUCAAAAUCAUUGAAGGAUAAAGACAUUAUAUGUGCCAAAUUCCAAAGAAUUCAAGAUUUUAAACAAAUAGUGGAAAGAAAACAAAAUUUGAUACAGGUUCUUGCCAGACAGAAUUAUAAUGCUAAAUCUAGAUUAGAAGAUCAAAGGAAAGAGAUUGAUCAGUACAUAAACAAGUCCUUGUCUACACACUUCACAGAAACACAGUCACUGACCAUUGGGUUGCAUGGAUCUGUUGUAGAUGAAAUAGAUAAAUUUACAGCCCUGGCCUUACCUAAUUUAUUAUUUACUGUUGUCAAUGAAAGUGCUUUGAAGACCCCAAUAUCAGACAUUUCUAUAAACCAGACAACAAAUCCAUCCUACCAACAGUUACAACAAUUAUUAGAUACUGUACAGUUCCCACCAUAUAAGGCACCAGAAUGUAUAUUACUACACUGUUUGAAGAUGAAGUAUGAAGACACAUUAAAGAAAAUAAAUUGGUCUGACGAGGACAUUUCUUCAUCAGAAAUUGAAGAGUUAUGUAGAAAUGUUCAUGAACAUGACCAGAAGCUGUUAGAUAAAAUGUUACCAUUACUGAAUCAGAGAAUAAACUCCACAGGGAAGGCACUGGCAGACUGUGUACAUGUUAAAGAUACUAUCAGUGAAUGGUGGAACCAGCCAGCUCAGUAUGUAGUACCUUGGGUAAAAGUGGAGGGUAACAGUUUACAGAAUUGGAAGGAAAAAGGAUUCACUGCUAUCACUGUAAUCUCUGAGGAGAAAAUGAAGAUAGGGAAUUGUAAAAGACACUAGCCAGUGAGCUAUUGCUGUUAAUAAAUAUCAGUGGUGGAUUUUAAGUUGUGGCUCUUUAUGUGCAGUAAAUGGAUCCUUUUAAAAAUUUUAUGCAUUAUAUAGAGAAAAAAAAAUAAUGUUGAAAUAUAUCUUUUACUUUUUAUACCAAUUUGAAAAAAAUGACAUAUUUUUAGCUCACCUAGCUCAGAGGGCAAAGUGAGAUAUUAUCAUUACCUAGCAUCCCUUAUCUGUUAACUUUUUCCAAAUCUUCCUCUCUCAAACAACUGGAUCAAAUAUAUAUAACCAAACUUGACCAUAAUCAUUAUUAAGGUAUUUUGUGUAUAAAUAAAUUUGGCCUGCCAACCAACAUGGCUUACAUAGCUAUAAAUUUUGAACAUAGACGGAAAAUGCAAGUUUUGUCUAUUAUCUUGAAAUCUGCUAUAGAUGGAGAAAAUCUGACAGUGCAUAAAUGAUCACAAUUUAGGAUCUACCUACUCUAUAUUUACUUUAAAACUGUUAGACAUCUUAUAGGAGUAAUUGCCCUUAAAAGACAAAUGUUAUCUAUUUUGAACUCACCUGGCCAAAAGGCCAAAGUGAUUUUUUUCUCAUCACUUGCUGUCCGUCUCCGUCAUCCUCAUCAUGGUCCAUGUUAGUUAACUCUGACAAAAAUCUUCUUUUCCCUGAAACUAUUGGGCCAAAUUUAACCAAACUUGGCCACACUAAUAAUAAAUGUAUCUUGUUUAAAAAAAUGCGCCUGAUUACCUUGCCGCCCAACCAACAUGGCCGACCUUAAAAAAAGAACAUAGGGGUGAAAUGCAAAAAAAUCUUAAAAAAGGCAAUGAAUAGAGAAAAUCUGACAGGGGCAGAAGUUUCAGCAUAUUUCCAAAUCUACCUGCUGUCCAUUAUCAUCAAAACUGUCAGUCUACUUCCUCGUGUUCCUACAAAUUAUUUAAUGCCCAAAAAGGUGCAAGCCAGGGCCGACCGUGCAAGGGCUGUAUAGCCAGUCAAGGUCAUUAAAAAACUUCCAUUUGUCAUGUUCCUAUAGGAAUUAUAGUCCUUAAAAAUGUUAAAUGUCGCAUUUUACUGAUAGCUUACCUGGCCUAAAAGGGAUUAAGAGUUGAGGCUCAGUCAUUGAAAUAAAUUCCCUCUUAAAAUAAUAAUUUUCAGUGUCUUUCAGUUUGAUUCUCAUGAUACAGUGCGACCUGGGACAAAGUUCAGAUCAUUAGACAAUAAAAGUUUGAAAUGUCUGACAUAUGUUUUAACAUUGCUUCAGUCGAUUAUUAUAAAUGUCUGACAUAUGUUUUAACAUUGCUUCUGUCGAAUUGUUAUAUACAAGGAAAUGGUUUUUAUAAAUAAAAUUAUUACAGAUUUCUCACUUGGGACAAGCAAGUACAGAAAAUGACUGGGUUUAAAAUUGUAAGGCUCCAACAAAAAACUUAAGUGUUAAUACCUGCCAACUUUUAGUAUCUACAUUUGAUUUAGCACUUUUUAUGCGCCUGUCAAAUUUUUGUCUGGCGUCCGUCCGUCUGUCCGUCCGUCUGUCUGUCUGUCCGUCUGUCUGUCCGGCAUAAACAUGUUGCACCGUAACUUGAGAAUGACUUAUCCAAAUUUCAUGAAACUUUACAUAGUUGUUUCUUGUGAUGGUCAAACGAUCUGUAUACUUUUUGGUGAAAAUAAGAUUAAAACUUUUUGAGUUACGGGACUUAGUAACUAAAACAGGUGUGUGUUUUUUUUCACAUGUCGCGCCGUAUCUCAAAAACAAUUUAUGAUUAUUGCUUAAAACUUUACACACUUCUUAGUUAUAUUAAUCUUAAGAUCUGUUUACUUUUUGGUGAUGAUUCAAAAUUUUAUUUUAGAGAUAUUGAGUAUUUUGUUAAAAAAGGGGAGGGGUUUUUCACAUGUCGCGCCUUAUCUCAAAAACAGUUUAUGAUUAUUGCUUAAAACUUUACACACUUCUUAGUUAUAUUAACCUCAACAUCUGUAUACUUUUUGGUGAUGAUUAAAAAUUUUAUUUUUGAGUUAUUGAGUAUUUUGUAAAAAAAGGGGGAGGGUUUUUUCACAUGUCGCGCCGUAUCUCAAAAACGAUUUAUGAUUAUUGCUUAAAAUUUUACACACUUCUUUGUUAUAUUAAUCUAAAGAUCUGUAUACUUUUUGGUUUUGAUUCAAAAUUUUAUUUUUGAGAUAUUGAUUUUUUUUUUUUUAAAGGGGGGUUUUCACAUGUCGCGCCGUAUCUCAAAAACGAUUUAUAAUUAUUGCUUAAAAUUUUACACACUUCUUAGGUAUAUUAAUCUUAAGAUCUGUAUACUUUUUGGUUUUGAUUCAAAAUUUUAUUUUAGAGAUAUUGGCGCAGCUGUUUAUUUCUAGGAGUUACGCCCCUUUGAACUUAUUUGCCUCAAUAUACCACUGCAACAGUUUGUCAUCGCAACUCCUCUGAAACCACACAACAGAAUUUCAUGAAACUUUGUACAUAAUAAGGACAUACUAUUUAGAUGUGCAUAUCGACAGGAAAUUAUGAUUAUUUUUUUUCUAGGAGUUACGCCCCUUUGAACUUAUUUGCCUCAAUAUACUACUGCAACAGUUUGUCAUCGCAACUCCUCUAAAACCACACCACAGAAUUUCAUGAAACUUUGUACAUAAUAAGGACAUACUAUGUAGAUGUGCAUAUCGACAGGAAAUUAUGAUUAUUUUUUUUCUAGGAGUUACGCCCCUUUGAACUUAUUUGCCUCAAUAUACUACUGCAACAGUUUGUCAUCGCAAUUCCUCUAAAACCACACCACAGAAUUUCAUGAAACUUUGUACAUAAUAAGGACAUACUAUGUAGAUGUGCAUAUCGACAGGAAAUUAUGAUUCAAUUUUUUUUCUUAAGAGUUAUUUUAUUUGUCCAGUGACAAUGUGGGGGCGUGGGGUAUGUGAGCGCGCUCACUGAGGUUCUAUAAUUUUCAUAAUAUUUUAAAGAAAAAAGGUGCCAAUGGCUAAUAUCUCGAAAACAAGCACACUGACCCUUCAUUUUUUUCUGCUUUUUUAGGCAGUUAAGCUGCCUUAUGCAAGCACCCUAGAUUUGUGUUCUUCCCAACGAAUGCUGAAAAAAGUGUCAUUGUUAUAAUCUAGCAGGCUAAUGUGUUAUUUAUAACUAAUUGGACAUUUUUAUCAUACUUUUGAUUCUGGAAUACAAACAAUAUGACCAGAAUAACCUGAAAUGAUCAUCAAACGACCCAUAAUAUUUGAAGUUGCACAUAGGAAAUAGUGCUCAAUAGAAAUCCGUACGUAGUUUAUUACCCCCUGUGCUUUUGGCUAAGAUGUCAAAGAACAAUUGUAUGAAAUAUUUCAUCACCGAAAAUCUGUAAUUACAAUCGUUUAUAUUUCCCAAAUGGCAAAAUGCGUAGGAAUAUUGUUCAUGUACACCAAAUCUCUAUGAUAGAGGAAUUAAAGUUAUAUAUAGUAGUCUAAGUUGGCGGUAAUUUUAACUUACACGAAACGUAAGUUCGUUUGAUUCUGAUGAUAUAAAGCCCGAUUAAAAGAAAGUAUUGUUAAUCAUGAUAUUCUUUUAGUUUUAGAAGAUUGUGAUUAUUUAAUUGAUUUCAAUUAAAUGUAUGCACAUUUAAUUUCCUUUCUUUUAUUAAAUUAUUCCGUUUAUCA